AUGAGUCGUCGCACUUCGAAGGUCGGCAACGACCGCCGUGAAUCAGAGAUAUGGACUGACUCUGAAAUCGAACAUUCCACGUCGUCAAACUCUACCAAAGUGUACCCAGAAUCCCCACCCGGCCAGGGCAUCUGGGGCCAGAAUGAGGCCGUCAACUACAAAUCUGCGCUGGAAGACUUUGAGUCUCUCCGUGAACAAUUAUCUCGGAUCGAAACAGACAAGACUGGUGGAGAAUACUCGCGGCGGAAUAGUGCCCAUGUUCGUCUCGCCCGUUUCCGGUUAUCCCUCACCAAUGACGUCCUCCAGACACCCCUGGAAUCUACCGGUGAGAAAGCCUCUGAUGAUCCCGCCGAGGAGGGUUUUCAGCUUGACCGCUUUAUGCGCGAGGGACACUUUGAGAAGCGUGAGAAUGGAGAGUCGAUGAAGAAGGUUGGGGUUGUUUACAAGAAUAUCACAGUGCGUGGGGUCGGUACUUCGACUUCAUAUGUGAAGGUGCUUUCCGACGCGAUUAUCGGGACGUUUGGACCGGAUUUUUAUCGGAUCAUGACGGGCUUCUUCCCUGCGCUUACUGUUGGGAAAGGACCUCCGACAAGAGAGCUCAUCUGCGGCUUUACUGGCGCUGUCCGGGAUGGGGAGAUGAUGCUUGUCCUGGGGAAGCCAGGAGCCGGUUGUUCAACCUUCUUGAGAGCUGUUGCGAACCAGCGGGCGUCGUUCGCAGCAGUCGAAGGAGAGGUUCAUUAUGGUGGGAUCCCGGCAGCGGAAGCGGCUAGGAAAUAUCGAGGGGAGGUGAUCUACAAUGAGGAAGAUGAUCAGCACUUUCCUGUUAUGACAGUUUAUCAAACUUUAGAGUUUGCGCUGUUAAAUAAAACCAAGAAAUCAGAGAAGGAGAACAUCCCUAUAAUAAUUAACGCGCUGCUAAAAAUGUUUGGAAUUUCGCAUGCGGCACACACAAUUGUUGGAAAUGCAUUCAUUCGAGGUGUAUCUGGAGGAGAGCGGAAACGAGUCUCCAUUGCGGAAACACUCGCCACAAAGUCCGCCGUCACUUGUUGGGAUAACUCGACUAGAGGCUUGGAUGCCAACACCGCGCUCGAUUAUGCCAAAUCACUGAGGAUCAUGACUGAUGUCUCCAACCGAACAACAAUCGUGACCUUAUACCAGGCCGGAGAGGAAAUCUACGAUCUUAUGGACAAAGUACUUGUGAUUGAUCAGGGAAGGAUGAUUUUUUCUGGCCCCGCUACCGAAGCAAAGAAAUAUUUCAUUGAUUUAGGUUUUCAGUGUCCUGAUCGACAAACCACUGCCGAUUUCCUAACAAGUAUUACUGAUCGGAUUGAGAGACAAAUUCGGCCUGGAUUUGAGGACAGGGUUCCCCGCACCCCUGACGAGCUAGCGGCCGCUUUCCGGAACAGUCCGAACUAUGCUCACCUCUUGGAAGAUGUAGCCAAUUAUGAGCAAGAACUCGCUGCGACCGGAAACACCGCCGCUACCAACUUCAAGAAAUCGGUCAAAUCAUCCAAGUCACGUACAGUUUGUUCUGAUUCGAAUCACACAGUAUCAUUUGUCCAGCAAGUUCUAGCAUGCACGCGCCGUGAGUACUGGCUUCUGCGAGGGGAUAUGCAGAGCUUCUGGACUACCAUCUGGACGAAUAUUAUCAUCACUCUUUUGGUUGGUGCGCAGUUCUGGAAGCAAAAGGACGAUACCACUGGCGUCUUCAUGAAAGGUGGUAGCGCUUACUUUGGAUGCAUAUUUUUGGGCUGGAUUCGGAUGUCGGAAAUCGUUGGCGCAGUUUUGGGACGUGAUAUUGUACAACGGCAUAAGACUUAUGCUCUGCAUCGACCGUCUGCUGUGGUAGUAGCAAGGCUGAUUUUAGAUAUUCCGAUCACGCUUAUCCAAGUCUCGAUAUUUAGCAUAAUCCUGUAUUUCAUGGCCAAAUUCGAUGCUGAUGCAGGAAAAUUCUGGAUCUUCUUCCUCCUGACAUAUACUAACGCGUUCUGUAUCACUGCUCUUUACCGCAUGUUCUCGGCUCUUUGCCCCACCCUCGACGACGCAAUUCGGUUUUCUGGAAUGGCCCUUAAUAUAUGCAUAAUUUAUGCUGGUUAUAUUAUCCCUAAGACACAGCUCCUCCGCGAUUCCAUAUGGUUUGGCUGGCUCUUCCAUCUGAAUCCUAUGGGUUACCUCUUUGAGGCCAUUCUUGCCAACGAAUUCUCCGGGAGGACAAUGGAGUGCGCUGGGUCUAUGGUUGUACCGCGGGGAGAGGUGUAUGACAACUUCCCGCAGUAUCAAGGAUGUGUCAUUGCGUCUGGCAGGCCCGGUAAUCUUGAUAAUGUCUCCGGCGAUGAGUUCAUUGAAGCUCAAUACAACUAUACGCGUGCUCACCUCUGGAGAAAUUUUGGGGUUGUUAUUGCUUGGGCAGCGUUGUAUAUCAUUGCCACUCUCGUUGCAACCGAAACCAUCUCCUUUGUUGCCCCUGGAUCUGUCAUCCUACGAUUCAAGAAGAGUAAGAAGAGCAAGCGGGUUAUCGACGCCAAUAAGGCCAAGGAUGAGGAGAAAGCUACCGGAGGCAUUGCUGUUACUGAUUGGCUCAACGGAGAUCCAUCUACCGAGGAGGUUGAAAAGAUUAUUGAUAGUAAGAGUGUAUUUACAUUUAAGGAGAUUGAGUACACUAUUCCGUAUAACGGUGGUGAACGGAAGCUCUUGAAUAAGGUUAGCGGGUACGCUAAGCCGGGAAUUAUGGUUGCACUCAUGGGUGCUUCGGGAGCCGGAAAAACUACCCUUCUCAACACGCUGUCUCAACGCCAUCAAGUUGGCGUUAUUUCCGGCAAAAUCCAGAUGGAUGGUCGUCCCCUCGGUAUUGAAUUCCAGCGUGGAACCGGAUACUGUGAGCAGAUGGAUGUUCACGACCCUGCGCAGACUGUCCGCGAAGCUAUGGAAUUUUCCGCAAUCCUCCGUCAGCCAGCCAGUGUCCCGAAAGCCGAGAAGGUGGAAUAUGUGAAUAAACUUAUGGUUCUUCUUGAACUUGACUUCCUCCAGGAUGCAGUUGUCCGUUCUCUCGGUGUUGAACAGAAGAAGCGUCUUACGGUUGGAGUUGAACUUGCUGCUAGACCGGAUCUGUUGCUCUUUUUGGAUGAGCCAACGAGUGGGCUUGACAGUCAGAGUGCUUUCUCUAUUGUCCGCAUUCUGAAGAAACUCUCUCAGGCUGGGCAGGCUAUUAUCUGCACCAUUCACCAACCGUCGUCCAUUUUGAUUCAACAAUUCGAUAUGAUUCUCGCGCUCAAUCCGGGCGGUAAUACCUUCUACUUCGGACCUGUCGGAGAGAACGGAACUGAUGUCAUUCGAUACUUUGGCGAGAAGGGAGCCUACUGUCCUCCCGGGAAAAACGUUGCGGAGUUCGUGAUCGAGACUGCCGCAAAGGGCACAAGGAGCGAUGGAAAACCUAUUGAUUGGGAUCACGAAUGGCGUACAUCGAAGGAGGCGAAGGCCAUUUUAGCAGAAAUUGACCGACUGUGCGACGAGCGCAGGGAGAAGCCAUUGCCGGAAAUUACCAUGAUGACCAAAAGACUGUUUAGACAACAAUGGAGAGAGCCAAGUUACGUUUACGCGAAAUUGUGGAUCGGAUUCAUGAUUGGUGUAUUCAAUGGAUUUACCUUUUGGGAUCCAGGCAAUACCAUCCAAGAUUUGCAAAACCGAAUUUUCUCUGCUUAUUUCAUCGUCGUGUUCCCGCCGGCCAUUGUCAAUAGUGUCGUUCCCAAGUUCUUUGAGAAUCGGAUGAUUUGGGAAGUGAGAGAGUUACCUUCUAGGAUAUACGGCUGGGUUCCGUUCUGUACUGCUCACGCGGUUGCGGAAAUUCCCUCUGCUGUUGCAACUACAAUCAUCUAUUACCUCUUGUGGUAUUUCCCGUCCGGCCAGCCAACGGAUACAGCUACUUCAGGAUUCGUGUUCUUCAUGAUGCUGUUCCUGUUCCUUUUCAUCUCAAGUUGGGGUCACUGGGUCGCGGCGCCUUCGCCAUCACCAAUGAUAUUACCAUUCAUCUUCGUCGUCUUCGGUCUCUUCAACGGUAUUAUCGUACCACACCGCGACAUGCCCGACGUCUUCUAUUACACCCUAUACUACCUCUCCCCCUGCACAUACUGGCUCCACGGCGUCCUCUCCGCCACCAUUUCCGGAAUCCCCGUCAAAUGCGCUCCGCACGAACUCGGAAUCUUUGAGAUCCCCCCGGGCUUCAACGAGACCUGUGCCUCCUACGCAGCAAAUUUCCUCAGCACAGCUACCGGCUACAUCACUAACCCCUCUGCCACCUCCCAAUGCGCUUACUGCCCGUACGCCAUCGCAGACGAGUAUCUGCAGGCAAUGGACAUCCCUAUCGGCGGGAAAUGGAAGUACUUUGGGGCGUUUGGGGCGAUGACGAUCAUGAAUUGGGUUCUGUUGUACUUUUUUGUCUACACUGUGCGGAUUCGCGGGUCGACGUUCGGUAUGGUCCCGCUAUUUAGAUGGAUUGGGUUUGGGAUAAACUUCCCGGGAUGGGUGGCUGGGAAGGUUAUGAUGAAGUAG